AUGGCUGACGCCGCCGUUGAGAACCCGUCCAACACCGUCGCGCCGCACAAGAAGCAGCUCCCGUCAUCGAUACCGAACUUCGACACUCUUGAAGGCUUCACGACAGAUGGCAGCGAUGACUACUCCACAUUUAAGAAGCUACAAAGGCAGCUGGAGUACAUCCACCUUCAGGAAGAGUACAUCAAGGACGAGCAGCGGAGUCUGAAGCGCGAGCUCGUGCGAGCACAGGAGGAGAUCAAGCGUAUCCAGAGUGUGCCGCUGGUGAUAGGGCAGUUCAUGGAGGCGAUCGAUCAGAACACCGGUAUCGUACAGUCUUCAACAGGCUCAAACUACGUUGUCCGCAUUCUCUCGACCCUCGACCGCGAACUGCUGAAGCCCUCCUCAUCGGUAGCACUGCACCGUCACUCAAAUGCGCUCGUUGACAUCCUGCCUCCCGAGGCCGACUCUUCGAUUGCCAUGCUUGGCCAGGACGAGAAGCCCGACGUCACAUAUGCCGAUGUAGGAGGUCUGGACAUGCAGAAGCAGGAAAUCAGAGAAGCUGUCGAGCUACCGCUCACGCACUUCGACCUGUACAAGCAGAUUGGUAUCGACCCGCCCCGCGGUGUGUUGCUGUACGGACCCCCAGGUACAGGAAAGACUAUGCUGGUCAAGGCUGUGGCAAAUAGCACUACCGCCUCCUUCAUCCGAGUGGUGGGCUCCGAAUUCGUCCAAAAGUAUCUUGGUGAGGGACCCCGUAUGGUCCGUGACGUCUUCCGAAUGGCGCGCGAGAACUCCCCGUGUAUCAUCUUCAUCGACGAGAUCGAUGCUAUCGCUACAAAACGUUUCGAUGCACAGACCGGUGCCGAUCGAGAAGUCCAGCGUAUCCUUCUUGAGCUGCUCAACCAAAUGGACGGUUUCGACCAAACUUCCAACGUCAAGGUCAUCAUGGCCACCAACCGCGCCGAUACCCUCGACCCCGCGCUCCUCCGACCCGGUCGUCUUGACAGGAAGAUCGAGUUCCCGUCUCUCCGUGAUCGCCGUGAGCGACGUCUCAUUUUCUCAACCAUCGCCAGUAAGAUGAGUCUUUCGCCAGAGGUAGAUCUCGACAGUCUGAUCGUGCGCAACGACCCGCUAUCCGGUGCAAUUAUUGCAGCUAUCAUGCAAGAGGCAGGUUUGAGGGCGGUACGGAAGAACAGGUACAACAUCAUCCAGGCGGAUCUGGAGGAGGCAUACACGAGCCAAGUGAAGGGAACCACCGAGGCGGACAAGUUCGACUUUUACAAGUGA